GCAGAUGCCGAAGUCCCGCUUUUGCUGAACAUUUCGUCGAUGAGAGAAGUCCGAGUCGCAUCCGCGGGCGCCCUCAUCUUCUGCCCGGUGUCCAUGCCCUCCGCGACUCACAAGUGGUACGUGAAGCGGGGGCACCGCCUGGAGCGGAUCCCGGAGGCGAGCGGGGUCUUCCUGAGGCUCCCGGAGCAGACGACGCGAGUGACGUACAUGUGCACGGUGGCGAACGCGCUCGGGCAGGCGGAUGCGUCGGUGCCGGUCGCGUUCGGAGGAGAGGCGGAGGUGAAGGUGACGCCGCCGGACCUCGCGGUGCCGCGCGGGGCUCUAGCGGUCCUGAACUGCACCGCGGUGCCGAGCGGGCGGGUCCGGUGGUUCCGCAACGCGGCGCCGGUGGAGGAAGACGGACGGACGAGAAUGUACCAAGGAACGAUCCUCGUGGUGGAGGACGUGCGACACGGGGACGAGGGAGUUUAUCGAUGCCAAGUGGAAGGGGAAGGAGGAGAGGUGGCCUACGCC